UCUUACAGAGUGGUCGCACCACACACGAUCCUCCCCAAGGAAAUUCUCACUUGGAAUUCGUGCCCUAUAGGACAAGAAAUAUCAGCCCCAACUGGGGAUCUUUCCACGAGCAAAUGGUUGUCUCGAUGUAACCAGCUCCCACCAGCUUCUUCGAUGUUGAGCGUUAUGACAGUAGUACUGCCACAGCACACGAAACUCGCGGCAAGUUCAACCACCGUUCCGACUGCUACUACUUCAACUCCUUCGGCCUCGACGACUGUAAACACCAAGUCAGCUAUAAGGCCGGCUGCGACCUCCUCCCACUGCCAGAGUUGUGAUUACCGCUGUGGAUUAGAAAAUAAUGUGCCGAAAACCAGCCUGCCGAUGAGGUGCCCCUAUCUGAAAGGAUACGCCGUCGAGAGCUGCAGACACCACCCGAUGGACCUCUCCUCUCGAAAUCACCAGAUGACCCUCAGAGAAUGCGAGUCUCUAAGGGAAGCCGCUUGCUUUUGGAAAGAGAAGUACGACAGGCUGUACGAAAACCAAAGAAGAUUGCAAAAAAUCAACGAAAGCCUAGAGGAGAAGCUUCUACAUGUGGCUGAGAAAUUUGAAAACGAGAAAUCUGAUUUAACAAGGGAUGUUUCCGAUCUGACGUCACGACUGGUAGAAGCGAGGCUGACAAUAGCAGAACUGGAGGAAGAAAACGAGCAAUACAGAAACGAUUGCAACAUUGCUGUUCGUCUUUUACAAUGCAAGCCUUCAAGCUUUGUAGCGCAUAAAUUCAACUCACUCCCUGCCGAUUUCCAGGCAAAAGUGAAACGUCACCUCUCUCGACCUCCGCGCGCCUCUUCCUCUUCCCUACUUCUUGACCAGUGCCCACCGGAUGUCAGGACCAUUAAAGUGUCCGUACCUACCUUACCUCCAGCAGCCAUGGUGUACUCGGUGAACAAGUCCACAGCACAGUCCAAUAAUAUCCAGCCGACACCAGCAGCCAAUAACACAGAAGAAACUACACCUGAUCACGUGUCCGCCGCCAUUAUAGCUAAGGUGCUUGAAGAAAGAAGCCUAGAGCGGAAAACUGCUGCUAGUUUGAAGAAACAGAGAUUUAUGGAAGAGAACCGAGACCUCGACCUUCGAAACGUCGCCAUACAAACGGACUGCUCGAGGCCCAUCGUAUGCAGGUGUCAGCACUCUCUAAAGUAUCGAAGCAUGCUGCCUGACUGCGAAACCAUCAGGACGUCCAAAGAACAGAACACUUCAAACAGCACCGAAACAGCCAUUUAGCAUCACCCUGCAACUCAAAAUAUUGCACCUGGCAACGAAGAAUUGAUUGUCACUAGAAUAUGACAUCAUUAUCUAAAAUCUUUAUUCAAGAUUGAGAAUCAAAUUUAGAUUUUUGGGACCAAUUGUUUCUUUGUUUUAAGCGGUGGUGUAUCUAAGGUUCAGCAAGUAGGAUAUAGACACUAAGUCAUAUCACUGACUCUCCGACCCGCCUCGAAGGCACACGGAUAAAGAAAAACUGAAUGACCGGACAGAACACUGGUGGGAACUGAAAUUGAGCCCUAAGGGCCAUCACCGGCCACGGUACAACCCUUCCCUAAAGAAGUACGUCCCUUCAUCGAUGGGAGGAGCCAGACCCUCACCUUUUCGUGCACUCUUCAGGUAAAAAACUUGCUAGAACCAACCAUCAUGCAGCUUCUCAUUCUCAUUUCGAGGUGCCCCCUUGAGGGGAGGGAAGGGUAUAGAUACUAAGAAAAAUAAAAAUAAGCUAAUUGCAAAUUUCUUGCUGUUAGAAGUUUCAAGGUUUCUCGUCUCAAAGCGCUAAAUAUAGAUACAGUCAAAUGUUAAAAUAGGAAUUCUCUAAACAAAGUAUGUUCAACUCUGGGCCUUCAACGCAUAUUUCUACUGACAUUUCAAUAGUUCCCAGACAUUGCAAUACAAUAUAAAAAAAAUUUCAGCUAUUUUCACGACUUAAAAUCUAGUUUUAAGUAAUUAGUAAUCGAAUAUGAUCUGUUUUAAAGUUUAAUGAACUGGUUGAACCAAUAGUAAAUUUGAUCAUCAUUUUUGUUAAGCACAAUUAAAUCAAAAGCAUUUAUAAUUAUAAUUCUCAAAUACAAUCUAACACUCAAUGAAUUAGCCUAUCAUGGCAUUUUAUGCACAACAACAUUUCUUCUUUUUCCUCAUAUGAUACAGAGAAUCAAGUAUCCCCAUCUUUUGUUUUACUUAACCAAUAUUGCUGACUUUAAUGCCUUUUUAAGUUUUUAGCGUUUUUUUUUUUUUUUGUCUUAUUUUUCUUCCAAUUGUGAGACUACUACUGUUUUUGGUUAUACCUCCAGUUUCAGAUAACACUGAUACUAACCCACUAAUUUCAAUAGUCCAAAUUAGACAAUUAUCUGUUCCCAAUGCACGUUUGGGGCAAUAACAAAAAAAUAUAUAAAUUACCUAAAUUAUUUUAAUGAAAUUAUUAUAUUAAAAUAUAAAUACACAAGUUUACUCGCUAAAGUUGCAAUAGAAUAACCAGAAAAUACCAUAAUAUAUUCUUAGUGAGCUGUUAUUUCCUUAUCACAGUAAACAUAUUACUGUUUUUAUUAUUAUCACUUAUUCUUGCAUUCCUGAUCCCUUUGCAGAUGAUUGAAUAAUUGUUUUGACUUAACAUAUGUACUUUGGAUUUUUUGACACACUUUUGGCCCAAUUAAUUCAUUAAGUAGAUGAUUUUCUGUGCUUUUUCUUUUCAUAUCUUCAUUUUUUAAAAAAAUUAGUCAUGCUUCAGAACAAACUAUGAAAGAUGUUUUUUUUUUCUAGGACUGAGUUUGGCAUGAUUAUGUAAAUACAUCUAAGACCCUUAUUAGCGCAAAAUAUUAAGCGAAUUCUUUAUAAGGUUGCUUGAUACUUAAAAUGCCAGACAAUAUUAUGAAUAUGUCACUACAAUUUGUUGAAUAUUUUGUACAAAUAAGAAGAGUAAUGUAGAACACGAGAGUCACUGAAAAGGAUUCUUAGAAGAACUUUUAUUUCAUUCGAAAUCCAGGUGGCGAAAGUUUAGUGGUUUUGAAAGAAUCUGCUUCGUCUUAGAAUAUAAAUGAAAUAUAAUCACAUUAUUAAAUUUUAUGGUGAUCAUAGUUCUUGUGUAAUUUCACACUGGAGUAUAAGUUAUUGAUUUUUGAUUGCAAGAUUAUUAAUCAUAUUUUUUAUAUACUUUAUUAAUAGGAAAAAGUACAAAAAAAAUUGGAAAAAGUCAAAAAUCAAUUUAGUCUUUGACCUGGUUGCUGAUUUCCGUAGAUACACCGCCGUUCUUUUUAUCAGAAAUUCGUUUUCGUAUUCGACAAAUAACGAUUCAGGUUUUAAUUCAUUCUCAAAGAAAACAAAAAUAAUUCGCUAGACGAAGUGCACUUAUGUCGUAUGUAAAAAAAAACUGUUGCCUUCUAAGAGGUAAAAAAGACAUUCAGUAUAGAACAUUCAGAUUGUACAAAGAGUUUAGUUGUAGUGCAAUAUCUAUUUUUUUAAAACUCUUGUGCUUUUUCUUCUCUUGUAUACUAUAUCGAAAAGGGUAAGUCUAGCGAUAUUUCUUAAAUUUUUCUAGGUGUCGUUCUAUCUUUUCGUAUCUAUUUAGGAAGAGAUAGAAAAUUCAUUCAAAAAAUAUAUAUCAUAGUUAUAUAUGUAUGUAUCAUUCACGUAAUAAUACAGUAGAUAUUAAUGGACAUAUUUCCCAUUCUAUAAAGGAUUUUUUCCUUCCCUUUUUGUUUCUCAAAGUUAAUUAAUCUGUUAUGGUAUUGAAAAUACACAGGAUAAUUACAA